AUGGCAAGCGAGAGGAACAGAAGUGGGGCAGGAUGCAGUAGGACUUGGGUGGGGAGAUACGAUCUGGGAAGAACGCUGGAGGAGGGAACUUUCGCCAAGGCGAAGUUCACUAGGAAUGUAGAUACUGGAGAAAGCGUCGCCAUAAAGAUUCUUGAGAAAGACAAAAUUUUCAGGCAUAAGAUGAUCAAUCAGACUAAAAUCUACCUUGUUUGGGAACUCGUAACUGGAGGCAGCAAAGGGAGAUUGAAAGAAGACAAAGCAAGCAAGCAUUUUCAGCAGCUUAUAAAUGCAGUGGAUUACUGCCACAGCAGAGGCAUUUUCCACCGAGACUUGAAGCCAGAGAAUCUGCUACUUGAUUCAAAUGGACUUCUUAAAGUUUCAGAUUUUGGGUUGAGUGCUCUACCUCAACGAAUUCGAGUAAGUGUGAUGGUCAUUGCUUGCAUGAAA